AUGACAAUUGCCGUUGGUGUUCAGGAUGGCCCAUCUACCGCGCCAGAUGGUUGGGUCUCAGACUAUAAGAUUGUUAACAGUCCAUCUUUCGCUGAUGGAGUCUCCGCUAUUUCCACCCUGAUCUUUGCGUGCUCUGCCACUCCAGGCUAUUUCUCUAUUCCGGCAGAGAUGAGAGAUCCCAGAUACUUUACUCGCGCAGCGGUAAUCAGCCAGUUCAUUUCAACAUUGAUAUACCUGGCAAUAGGUAUUGUUGUCUAUUACUACUGUGGGUCUAUGGUUGCCUCUCCUGCGCUGGGACCUGCUGGUCAUUUGAUAAAGAGGAUUUCCUAUGGAGUUGCUCUUCCUGGUCUUCUUGCCUCAACAACAAUCUUCCUGCAUUAUCCGUCUAAUGGUAUCCCAAUCUUUGGUGACCUUGUUUUCCUUAUUGGCGCUCUCCUGGGCUUUCUUUUAGCCUAUCAGCCCGCUGGCUGCAUGUGGCUUUACGAUAAUUCGAAGAGUCAUGAGAGGAACUGGAAAUGGGUUACCCUCGCAUGUUGGAGUGUUUUCAUUAUUGUCGUUGGAUCAUUUAUGACGGUCGCAGGUACCUACGGCUCGAUUGUUUCCAUUAUUGAUGCUCUCUCAAGUGGGCAAGGGACAAAACCUUGGACAUGUGCCGACAAUUCCAAUUCUUAG